CCAAUAACCACCCAGAGCAUGCUGGGAGAAUACAGAGUAUCUGGUCCCGACUGCAAGAAACUGGUCUCCUCGGCAAGUGCCAGCGCGUACGAGGAAGGAAAGCCACGCUUGAUGAAAUUCAGACAGUUCAUGCUGAGCAUCACACCCUAUUAUAUGGGACCAGCCCGCAGAGCCGUCACAAGCUGGAAAGCAAGAACCUGCUGGGACCUCUUUCUCAGAAGAUGUAUGCAGUUCUACCCUGUGGGGGGAUUGGGGUGGACAGUGACACUGUAUGGAAUGAGCUACACUCCCCAGCUGCUGUCCGAACAGCUGUUGGUUCCCUACUUGAGCUUGCAUUCAAAGUGGCAUCUGGAGAGCUGAAAAAUGGAUUUGCAGUUAUCCGUCCCCCAGGACACCAUGCUGAGGAAUCGGUUGCCAUGGGUUUCUGUUUUUUUAACUCUGUAGCUAUCGCUGCCAAAUUGCUCCGCCAGAAGAUGAAUGUGGGCCGAAUCCUGAUAGUGGAUUGGGAUAUUCACCAUGGUAAUGGAACACAACAAGCCUUCUACAGUGACCCCAAUGUCCUU